GUUAACUUUGAGCUUAAUACAUCUGUGAGUUUGAGAUACAGAACAGCAACUUGAAAACCUCAAAUACCCAUUAAUUAUGCCACAAAUGGGAUAUGUUUCAUUUCGGCUGGAAAGGAAGAAUCUGGAAAUGACUUCAACCCGGCGACUCCAACAGGAGCGAUACCGGAGAGCAGCAACUGGUCCGUUGCCUCGCCGGUGCUGCUGCUGCUGCAACAUCAACACCUACAACCGACGGAGUAGACGGGGCUGACUGACGCCUGACGGUUCACGACUAAUUUCGGUGGAAUAACGCGGCACUGAGCUGCUUUUACACAUUUUUAACAGGCUUUAACACUUGAAGAGCUGAGCUUCUUCGCCAAUGGCAAGUCCGGUUGCAGACAUAGGACAGUCUCAUCAGCAUCACCCUGUGACCGAGUCGGCCGCAGAGUCCGCGUUUCAAGAGGCGCAGAAAUGGAUAGAGGCUGUGACAGGAAGAUGUUUUGGUGACAAAGAUUUCAGAGGAGGUUUGGAGAAUGGGAUACUGCUAUGCGAGUUGCUGAGCUCCAUUAAACCUGGCUUGGUAAAGAAAAUUAACAGACUUCCAACACCCAUAGCUGGCCUGGACAACCUUAGUGUGUUUCUUCGUGGCUGCGAGGAGUUGGGACUGAAAGGCUCCCAGCUGUUUGACCCUGGAGACCUGCAGGACACAUCGACACGUCCCACUGCCAAGGGAAGUGACUGCAGCCGAAAACUCAAGAAUGUUUUAAUCACUAUCUACUGGUUGGGUCGUGCUGCCAACGGCUGUACCUCCUACAACGGGCCCACGCUGGACCUGAAAGAGUUUGAGGGCCUGCUGUCACAGAUGCGAAAGGAGGCAGAGGAGGCAGAGAGCCCUAAACGCAGCAUUCGGGACAGUGGCUACAUCGAUUGCUGGGACUCAGAGCGCAGCGACUCUCUCUCCCCCCCACGCCACGGCCGCGAGGACUCCUUCGACAGCCUGGACUCCUUCGGCUCACGCUCACGACAGACCCCGUCGCCAGACGUCCUGGUCGCCCGCGGCAGCAGCGAUGGCCGUGGCAGCGACUCAGAGUCUGACGGUGCCCCCCACAGGAAGAUGCCGGACGUCCGUAAGGAUGACAUGUUGGCGCGGCGGACGUCUGUCAGCGAGCCACGAACCGCCAUGCCCUUUAACCAGUACCUUCCCAACAAGAGCAACCAGAGUGGUUACGUUCCCACGCCGCUCCGCAAAAAGAAAAACGAUAAAGAGGAGGGUGGACGCAAGAGUUGGAGUACUGCCACUUCACCUAUAGGAGGAGACAGACCGUUCAGUACUCCAGCUCGCUCGUGCUCCGAGGAACUCUUCCACCAUUCGACGGCUCUAGCAGGGAACGUUGCAGCAGCCCCAGUGGUUGCAACAGGCCCCGUCAACACGAGCGGGAAACAUCCACCUGCGACAGACCGGGAGGAUGCCAGAACGAAGAAGGGAGUCGCCGGUACCCAGUUAGUCACAGAUGCAGAGCAAGGGCAGAAGCGGGCCAGUCGAACACUGACCUCUUCGAAACACAUCACCACUGCGAGUCCCUCCCACUUCCUCCCUCUACCUGCGGCCACGGCAACCGCUACAAAGGAAAAAAACGAUACAGGCCGACGAAAGGCCAGGGCACUGAGUGAAAGUGACGAUCCACAAGGAGGGACAUCUUGGUUGGACAGCAAUCCUCCAGCAACAUUCAGCCACACAGAUAGUGUGUCAGAUGACUCACAGAGUGUGAGUAUGAUCGACAUGCGUGGUGAAGAGGAGGCCAUCUUGCAGCCCCACAGUCAGGUGCGUCAUGAACUGAUGCACAAUCAGUACAACAGGAUGAAGGAAGAGGAGGAUCACUGGCAGGAUGACCUGGCCCGGUGGAAAAGUCGGAGGAGGAGUAUUUCCCAGGAUCUCAUCAAGAAGGAGGAGGAGAGGAAGAUGAUGGAGCAGUUGAUGUCAGGAGACACCUGUUCCUCCCAGAGGAGGAGAAGCAUCAAGACGUACAGAGAGAUAGUGGAGGACAAGGAGCGUCGUGAGGAGGAGCUGCGGCAGGCAUACAGACGAGCCAAAACCCAAGAGGAGGCAUCAGCCAUCCUCCAGCGUUACGCCCAGCGUUUCUCCAUCAGUGAAGCAGUCCUGGAACGCCUGCAGCUGCCAAAGCUCCUGGAUCGCAGCAUAUCCGCCGACCCCUCCUUCCCCUGCUCACCCUUCCCUCUCUCCCUCUCUGCCUCACCGACGACCCCAGACCCCUUCGACGUGGACCCCAACGGGCCCUUGAGGUAUCUGCGCCAGCAGUCCGCUCCAGCUCCAAAGUUCACGUCUACGCUGGAGGCGCGAAUUGAGGAGUUUCCCAAAGACUUGUCUUCACACCAGCGGCCUCAGAUUCGCUCCCGCUCGUCUGAGCCGCCAUCCACCCGAGCCCUGUCACCCAAACCGGUGCCUUUGCUGACACCCAAGCCUUACUUCGACUCCCGAGCCAUGGCAUCUGAACUGUGGGCCUGCAAGGCGGAUGGUUUGCUUCGAGUCAAUGGCAACAUAGGAAGCGACAAUGUUCCCACCACACCUGAGAGUCAAGGAAGGGAAUCUCCUCCUCAAUUCCAGGCCUCCCCUUCCAAAACCAGCAACAGCACUGUAGAUGCUGCCUCCUCAGCAGCAUCACCCAUACACAGUCCACACGCCUCCCCGGGAGGAGGAAGCCCCGUUUCAACAAAGGACAAGGAGGUACAAGGUGGCACUGAAGCAGCUUCUGAGGACGUCCGAGGAGAGAAAGUCACCGAUAAUUCAACACCACCUAGUCGGCCCACCUCACUACCUACGGAACUGCAGAAACCAGAAGACAGCUUUGAGAAGACUAGAGGCCAGACAGCAGCUGUUCAAGAGGAAAAAGAGUCAAAUGUUGAAGCUCAACCAACACCACCUACAGAAGCCAAACAAGAACAAGCAAAGUCUGAACCAACCAGUCAAAACAUCUCCAGCCUUGUCCAGUCGGGGGUCAGCGUGCAGCAAAGUCAGCCAGUAACUUUACAGGCAAGUGUUCCCAGUUCCAACGAGUUGUCACAGAGAAGAGAGGAUAUGCCAAGCUUAGCUGCACCAGGAUCAUCUGGAUAUCACCCACCACGGGAAACAACAGCAGAGUUUGCAAACAGUGUCAGGUCUCCGCUGGCAACCAGCAACCCUAAGUUACGUUGGGAGUUCUUCAUUCCACCAGAGGGGGCAGAAAAGGACCGCCGUGGAAAUGUGUCAGUCCCGGUGUUGCCCCAGGCCAGGCGGGGUGACCGCUGGUCUUGGGACCCGGAUGAGGAGCGAAAGCGUCAGGAAAGGUGGCAGCAAGAGCAGGAGCGCAUGCUGCAGGAGAAGUACCGGCGUGAGCAGGAGAAGCUGAAGGAGGAGUGGGAGAAAGCACAGAGGGAGGUGGCAGAGGAGGAGAGGAAGUACCACGAGGAGGAGCGUAGGAUACUGGAGGAGACUGUGACGCCUCUCACUCCCCGCUCCUCAGCCCUGCCCUCCCCCAGCCGAGGGGAGCUCUCCUCCACCUCUGAGCCCCAGGACACCAUCGUCCGUUCGCUGGCUGACUGGGAACGCAAACAGGAACUUCUGGAGAGGCAGUCGAGGGGGAGCACAGAGAACAUGGAGGGGAAACGGAGAGAAAAUGACCGGACCAGUGACAUCAGCACUGCUGACGACAGCAUGAAAACAGGCAGAAGCUUAGGCAGCCAGAGCACCAGUCAGCCAGAAACACUCGGUCACAGUCUGCAGAACGGCCAAAAACCUCCUCCGAUGCCAGCAAAAUCUUCAACUCCAAUGAAAAAACAAGAUCAUACGGCAGACAGCAAUAGGCCCAGCCGGCCUGCCGGGGACAGGAGGAGUGGUCCCAUUGAUAAUAACAUGAGCCGCAGCUCAUCAAAGCCCCCCGCAGCAUGUCCACCAACUCCAGACACACUGCCUCCAGCACCCAACAGGUCUGUCAGUGGGAAGAAGCUGUGCUCCAGCUGUGGGCAGCCAUUGGGAAAAGGGGCAGCAAUGAUCAUAGAGACCCUGAGCCUCUACUUCCAUAUUCACUGCUUUAAGUGUGGGGUGUGUAAGGGACAGUUAGGCGACACGACCACAGGGACGGACGUCCGAAUUAGAAACGGCCUCCUCAACUGCCACCAGUGCUACAUCCGCUCCCGCUCGGCCGGACAACCCACCACAUUGUGACGCUCAACAGAAAAGCACAAGGUUCAUGGAAGAAACCCCAUCCCUGUUUUUAACCCGAUUAUCUGCAAAUCAUGUCCUUCACAGCGUGUCGGGAUCUUUGCGUCCUCUGAAGCUCAAUAACCAAUGAAGAUUCAUCAUGUGGGCCAAAUGGGGAUCUGGGGACAGUCCAACGUUUAAAAAAAAUAUAUAUUCUUCGUGUUUAUGUCAUCUGAUACGUGAGUGAAAUCUGGAUUUGAUUGGUCCACGUGCCACCACAGACUAUUGUUUCAUCAUGCAGUGAGAGAGAGAGAGAGAGAGAGAGAGAGAGAGAGAGAGAGAGAGACUGUUCUGGAGUGGCGGCCAUGUUGAAAAGAAAACACAAUAAAAUUUACAGAUGCUUCAAACAGGCAGGAGAUGCUGACCUCUUAUACUGUCAGAGUGAACACACACACAAAAAAUAUUACGGUGUUCAAAUCUUGGUUAAGUAGAAUCAGAUUCUAUUUUCCUGAAUGGAAAAAUGUGAAUAUUUCCCAUUGAGUUCCAUAUAAUGGAAAUGCAGUACAUCACAUAGUUACUGAAUCACUUUUUAUCAUCUGAGAAAGAAUUUCUUAGCGUGGGACGAUAAGGAUCCAAAAACUAGAGAGAAAACUGGUGAGGCAGCUCAGAUUGGACUCUUUAAUUUCUCUUAACAGGCUGGAUCUGAAAAAUAAUAUUAGUAAUUUGAUGCCCCUGUAAUGAGGUGCUAUAUUAAAAUAAAAAGAUAACCAAACUUAAUUUAGAAAGUGCAAUAACGGUCACUAUAAACCCACUAUUUAGAUCCACCACAUAUAGGAAGUUACUAUUUUUUGAUCCCCUGGCCCAAACAAUGAUCUCUAAUGUCUCUCGUUCUGUGCUCAGAAUAAAAUUAACUUCUAAUAUAAACACAUAUUUUGGGCAAUAACACGACUUGUGAGCGGUUUUUCGUGCUUUUGGGUCACAGCAGGUUGUUCCUCGGCCAGCCUGUCAGCGUGGAAAGUCAGGACUUUAAUGUGCCUUAGGAAAGCAAGGUGAUGCAGGAAAAAAACACCAGCUAUAUGGUGUUUUAUUUCUUUCUUUUUUUUUUUUCUUUUUUUUUUACUUUUUGGGGUGGAGGGAGGGAUUUGGCCAAAUUUUGAACUCUUAAAACUGCAGAGAGACAGGUUGCAGGCCUCCCUCACAUCACGCUUUACUUCAGUUGAUAAGUACUGUUUAUUUUCACAUAAAAACAACACCCUUAAUAUCAUAUUUCUCCCCCUGUGAUUCCUCUGUGAUUUGCAGUGAUAAAUCCAGAAAGGAAUUCAAAGAAAGGAAUACAUUUGUUGUCUAUCUGGAAGAAUACACAGUAUACAGUAUAUAUACAUAUACAUAUACUGCAGGGGAAAACCAUUGAUUUAGUUUUGAAUGUUUUACUCUAGAGCGAUAUAGACUUCUGUAUGCUAUUAAUUGAGGUAAUUUUGAUAAUUGCUCAGUGGUAGGACUCAUUUAUAAAGCAAAAAAAUAAAUAAAUAAAAACAUAAAUAUCACCAGUACAUGUUACAUCUAGUUACACAGCAGAGGUAAUAUGAACACACAUACCAGCAGCAGUUGCGCCUGUGCAAUAUUUGGUUGGAUGAAAACUAAAGAUCUGUGCCGCCAGCUGGACAUUUUAAGUCACUUGCUUCUUUUCUUUUUAUGAACUUGUAUGAGAAGAGCUCGGUUAUGUAUUGUGGAUGUUUAAAAAAUGCACGUUUAAGCCUAAAACCAAAUGAUUUGCUGUAAGAAAGCAAACUAGCAGCCUCCUCCUCCUUCUUCUCCACCUGAACUGCGUCCUAUAGCCAAGCUUCUCCCUCCGGGUUCAUCUCUCUGAUCUACAGUAUUUUUAAGUUUCUGUUCCGAUUGUGUAUUUUAUUUUUUAUCCUCAUUUAGAGAAUAAAUCUCGGCUGAGUCUCUUAUAGCGGGAUCUUUGAGACGGAGCUCUAUAUUCAGACGGUCUUCUUAACAGGAUAGUUGAGGAAUGAAAACCUUUACGUCUGUUCUGUAUUUAUUGUAAUAUUCACCUGAACACUAUCCGAAAUAUAGAUUAAUUUGAUGUUUAAAUGCAAUGGCAUUUAUAGCAUACUGUAUGUUUAUAAAUAAAAUGUUAUAAAUUUAAAAAAAA